UAGAGGCGCUUUGCUACCUGCAGCUAGUGACAAAAUAUUGAGGCGCUCAAAACCGAAUGUGUGGGAGUCUCUUUUAAAUGGGCAUCUUUUAAAUGGUCUCUAAAACAACGACUGACAACACGGUUUUAACAAGGCUGACAUAUGGAGGCUUAGAAUACCGCUCCUAGAAAGCGAAAAUGCUCGGUUCUAUGAAACCUGUCGUGUAGGACUUCACAGCUUAAAUAUCAAACAUUUCAUGAAGACCUGUUGGGCUCUCUUCAGAUGCUGUGUUUACGAGGGGCUUCAUUGCCGUCUUAAGCUGGCCGGUCUCGGACUUGAUGGGGAUAAUAUAUUCAGCAACAAGUAGUAACGGGACCACUUUUUCAGCACGUUGAGCUCGGGAAAACUUUUUCCUAUGGCUUGAAAAAAAAAUCUUCAUCUUCUUUAAAACUUCUCAGAGCGUCAAUCACGUUGGAUGAAAAGCGCGCACCUGGGGGACAUUUCGCUCGUCAGGAAGGGUUGCGAACUCUUUUUUUUUUUGUUGUUGUUGUUGUUGUUUGUUUUAUAAGCUUCUAUUUUAAAGUCAGACAGGACCGUGUAAAUAACAAACUGGCUCUAUGAUGAUAAGCUACUCUUUUGCUCUUUGGGGGCUGUGGUGGAUCACUUCUUACGUUUUCCUCGCCACCGGUAGCAAUUACAUAUUUGAUGGCAACAACGAGAUCCACUCGAGUUUUAUCCAGAGGAGGCUGCGGACUCACGAGAAGAGGGAAAUGCAGAAAGAGAUCCUUUCCAUCCUGGGACUACCCCAUCGACCGAGACCGCAUCUGUCACAUGGGAAGUACAACUCGGCACCUCUCUUCAUGCUGGAUUUGUACAACACCAUGUCGAACGAGGAGAAGAACGAAGUCGAGGGGUUUUUGGAUCGGUACAAAUCGAUGUUCACGACCCACGGGCCGUCUCUGGCCACCCUGCAGGACAACGCGUUCUUGAACGACGCCGACAUGGUGAUGAGCUUCGUGAACCUGGCGCAGCACGACCGAGAGCUCUCGCCACGGCGGCGGCACCACCGGGAGUUCAGGUUCAACCUGUCCCAGAUCCCCGAGGGAGAAGCCGUCACGGCGGCCGAGUUCCGGAUCUACAAGGAGUGCGUCAGCGAGGCCUUCAAGAACGAGACCUUCGUCAUCUCCGUCUACCAGGUGGUGCAGGAGUACGAGGACAGAGACGCUGAUCUUUUUCUCCUGGAGUCUCGGAAGCUGUGGGCCACCGACGAAGGCUGGCUGGAGUUUGACAUCACCGCCACCAGUAACCUCUGGGUGAUGAACCCUCGACACAAUCUGGGGCUCCAGUUUAGCGUGGAGGCCAGCAGCGGCAAGACCGUGAACCCGAAGGAAGCGGGCCUGAUCGGGCGCGAUGGGCCUCACGACAAGCAGCCCUUCAUGGUCGCCUUCUUCAAAGUGAGCGAGGUGCACAUUCGCACCACCCGGUCCACGAACAAGCGCCGACAGCAGAACCGCAACCGCUCCACUCAGCCACAGGAGGCGCCCAGGAGCCCCAGCAUGGCAGAUUACAACAGCAGCGACCAGAAGACCGCCUGCCGAAAGCACGAGCUGUACGUCAGCUUCCGAGAGCUCGGCUGGCAGGACUGGAUCAUAGCGCCGGAGGGGUAUGCGGCAAACUACUGCGACGGAGAAUGUUCCUUUCCUCUGAACGCUCACAUGAAUGCCACAAAUCACGCCAUCGUCCAGACACUGGUCCACCUCAUGAACCCAGAGAACGUCCCCAAGCCCAGCUGCGCCCCGACGAAGCUGCACGCCAUCUCGGUCCUGUACUUCGACGACAACUCCAACGUGAUCCUGAAGAAGUACAAGAACAUGGUGGUGCGGGCGUGCGGCUGCCACUGACGCCGGCUCGCCCUCCGGGCGCCCCUUCGGAGGAGGCCGGCAAGACUCCCUCCGGGGGCGUCUGGAAGCGGGGCGUCCAAGGCCGAAAGAAAGACCUCGCAUUUCCAGAUCUUCUCCUCCGUGCCCCCCCCGCACGCGACUCGGGCGAAACCUUUGGAUGGCGAGAGGCUGCCUUCGUCUGCCCCCCAAAAAACACUGCAAGAAUGAACACACAGGUGACCCCGUCACCCCCCCAAGAUCGCCACAGCCUCGCCGUGCGCCCUGCGCCCUUCCUGCUGGUGAAACGGAAGAGCUCACGGGUUCCUCCGGGACACCUGCAUCACAGGCAGGGCGUUGUUGUUGUUGGUUUUUAUUUAAAAAAAAGAAAGCCAACCUGUAUUUUUAGCACUCUGAAAAGUGCCCUUGUCUUGACAGCAACAACGUUAGCCGGUUUUUGCCGAAACGGCUCGGUAAGGGAUGUCGUCGUCUUUGGGUUUCCGCGGUGCGCUGUGGAAGAAGUACCGCACGCCCGCGGCACAGAGAUUUGCCAUUCCUGUGCGUUCGCCCUUCUCCCUUGCGCAGACCGCUGUGUUUAGAACCCAUAAGACAUGUUGAAUUAAUAAACGUUUAAAGCCUAA